CUUCACACAGGCUCGAGGUGAGAUGAUGGCGGCUGCGGCGGUGGCCCGAGCGGUGGUGUUGCCCGCGGUGCGGCGGAGGCUCUGCGGUUUCACCGAGAGGCUCCUGGCCGGAGGUGCUGCCAGGCGGUCACUAUAUUUUGGAGGAAACAGAUUGAGAAGUACACAGGCUGCUACACAAGUUGUUCUGAAUGUCCCUGAAACGCGCGUAACCUGUUUGGAGAACGGACUCAGAGUGGCCUCUGAAGACUCUGGGCUCUCAACAUGCACAGUUGGGCUCUGGAUUGAUGCUGGAAGUCGAUAUGAAAAUGAGAAGAAUAAUGGAACAGCUCACUUUCUGGAGCAUAUGGCUUUCAAGGGCACCAAAAAGAGAUCCCAGUUAGAUCUGGAACUUGAGAUUGAAAACAUGGGUGCUCAUCUCAAUGCCUAUACCUCCAGAGAGCAGACUGUAUAUUAUGCCAAAGCAUUCUCUAAAGAUUUGCCAAGAGCUGUGGAAAUUCUUGCUGAUAUAAUACAAAACAGCACAUUGGGAGAAGCAGAGAUUGAACGUGAACGUGGAGUAAUCCUUAGAGAGAUGCAGGAAGUUGAAACCAAUUUACAAGAAGUUGUUUUUGAUUAUCUUCAUGCCACAGCUUAUCAAAAUACUGCACUUGGACGGACAAUUUUGGGACCAACUGAAAAUAUCAAAUCUAUAAAUCGUAAGGACUUAGUGGAUUAUAUAACCACACAUUAUAAGGGGCCAAGAAUAGUACUCGCUGCUGCUGGAGGAGUUUCCCAUGAUGAACUGCUUGAGUUAGCAAAGUUUCAUUUUGGUGACUCUUUGUCCACACACAAAGGAGAAAUACCAGCUCUGCCUCCCUGCAAAUUCACAGGAAGUGAGAUUCGAGUGAGGGAUGACAAGAUGCCUUUGGCACAUCUUGCAAUAGCUGUUGAAGCUGUUGGUUGGGCACAUCCAGAUACAAUCUGUCUCAUGGUUGCAAACACACUGAUUGGCAACUGGGAUCGCUCUUUUGGAGGAGGAAUGAAUUUAUCUAGCAAGCUGGCCCAGCUCACCUGUCAUGGCAACCUCUGCCAUAGCUUCCAGUCUUUCAACACUUCCUACACAGAUACAGGAUUAUGGGGCAUCUAUAUGGUUUGUGAACCAGCCACUGUUGCAGACAUGCUACAUGUUGUUCAAAAAGAAUGGAUGCGACUCUGUACAAGUGUCACUGAAAGUGAAGUUGCACGAGCCAAGAAUCUUCUGAAAACAAACAUGUUGCUGCAACUUGAUGGUUCCACUCCCAUCUGUGAAGAUAUUGGUAGGCAAAUGUUAUGCUAUAAUCGAAGAAUUCCCAUCCCUGAGCUUGAAGCAAGAAUUGAUGCUGUAAAUGCUGAGGUAAUUCGAGAAGUGUGUACCAAAUAUAUUUAUGAUAAGAGUCCAGCUGUUGCUGCUGUCGGUCCCAUUGAGCAGCUACCAGAGUUUAACCAGAUUUGCAGUAACAUGUGCUGGCUUCAUGAUUAAAAUGCUCCUAAUAAACAUAUUUUGAACAUAUAUAUUUAUAAGACCGAGGCCUGCAAGUCCUAAAGAAAAAUGAACAUCUAUACUGGUAAAUAUGAAUGAAAUACUAUCUCAGACUUUGAAAGAAUAAGACCACCACAAUGAAUGGUAGAUCUCUGAGCUCUGAGAAAUUAUACUGGAACAACACACUUUAAGUAUAGUUUUAAGAAUAAAAUUUUGUACAGUA